AUGUCUGCUACAAUUGAGAACGCCAGAGAGUUGGUGGUUGCUGAAAAGUACAACGAGGCUGAACAAGUUUAUUUGCAACUUUUAGAGAGAAGUUUGGUGAAUGCCACCGAGUCCUUGAAGAAUGAACAAGAAUCGUGCAUAUUGGAGCUGGGCCAACUUUACGUUAAAUUACAUGCCAGCGACAAGUUACGCGAGUUUAUACCUCACUCUACAGAAUAUAUGUUGCAGUUUGCCAAGUCGAAGACAGCAAAAGUAUUGAAGACAUUAAUUGAAAAAUUUGAACAAGUACCAAAUUCCAUCGAUGAUCAAAUCUACGUGUGUGAAAAAGCCAUCGAUUUUGCAAAAAAGGAGAAGAGACAAUUUUUGAAACAUUCUCUUACGAUUAAAUUAGCUACUUUGCACUAUCAGAAGAAACAAUACAAAAACGCCUUGACUCUAAUAGACGAAUUACUGAGAGAGUUCAAAAAAUUGGAUGAUAAACCUUCUUUAGUGGAUGUCCAUCUUUUAGAAAGUAAAGUUUAUCAUAAAUUGAGAAAUUUAGCUAAAUCUAAGGCUGCCUUGACUGCGUCAAGAACUGCUGCAAACUCCAUUUAUUGUCCUACCAUUACAGUGGCAGAAUUAGAUUUAAUGAGUGGUAUAUUGCAUUGUGAAGAUAAGGAUUAUAAAACAGCAUUUUCUUAUUUCUAUGAGAGUUUUGAAGGAUUCCAUAAUUUGACUUCAUAUCAUAAUUCAUUUGCUAAAUCAUGUCAAGUCCUUAAAUAUAUGCUUCUAUCCAAAAUCAUGCUAAAUUUAAUUGAUGACGUUAAGAAUAUUUUAAAUGCCAAGUACACAAAGGAAACAUACCAAUCUCGUGAAAUUGACGCUAUGAAAGCCGUCGCGGAAGCUUACAGCAACAGAUCCCUUUUGGAAUUUAAUACAGCAUUAGAUAACUACAAAACGGAAUUAAUGAACGAUGAUUUGAUUAGGUCUCAUUUCAAUGCAUUAUACGAUACUUUGUUGGAGUCAAAUUUAUCAAAGAUCAUCGAACCAUUUGAAUGUGUUGAAAUUUCUCACAUUUCCAAGAUAAUUGGUCUGGAUUCACAACAAGUUGAAGGCAAAUUAUCACAAAUGAUUCUAGAUAAAGUCUUCUAUGGUGUUUUAGAUCAAGGGAAUGGAUGGUUGUACAUUUACGACACGCCUCACCAGGAUGCUACUUACGAUUCCGCAUUGGAACUGGUAUCUGAACUCAAUAAAGUGGUAGAUCAAUUGUUCGAAAAAGCAAGUGUAUUAUACUGA